UUCACAGCGUGAGUGCUUUUUCUUUGUGUGGAGCGGGGAGCAGCUAAGAGCUAAUCGACCGUUAUAAAAUCGGUGUGUUAACAUAGCAUAGCAUCAGCAUUGCAUCCGUCCGCAGGUCGAUAUAAGACGGAGUUCAGUCUGAGUCACCUAUCUGUAACAAUCACAGACACAGUGAACCACCUGAGUUGUCUCCAUGGCAUUAAGAAGAGGACACAUCAGGUACCUGAAGGUGUGUGAGGUUCAGUCGUCUCAGAAUGAUGUCAGAGACGCUCAGCAUGCUGCCAAAGGAGCCCUUGGAAAGGAGCUGUAUGAUAACGGCUUCAGUGACCAGAUGAUGGAGGACGAGGACGCGCGGACAAACCUGAUCGUGAACUACCUGCCUCAGAGCAUGAGUCAGGACGAGCUGCGCAGCCUCUUCAGCAGCGUGGGCGACGUGGAGUCGGCCAAACUCAUCAGGGACAAAGUCGCAGGCCACAGUUUAGGUUACGGCUUUGUUAACUUUGUUAACCCUAGUGAUGCAGAGAGGGCUAUCAGUACCCUCAAUGGCCUGAGGCUACAGUCUAAAACUAUCAAGGUCUCGUACGCACGGCCGAGUUCAGACAUGAUCAAAGAUGCAAACCUUUACAUCAGCGGUUUGCCGAGGACGUUGAGUCAGCCAGAGCUGGAGGACAUGUUCACUCGCUACGGACACAUCAUAAACUCCAGAGUGCUGGUUGACCAGGCCUCAGGUCUGUCUCGGGGCGUUGCCUUUAUCCGGUUUGAUAAGCGAGCUGAGGCCGAAGACGCCGUCAAACACCUGAAUGGGCACACCCCUCCCGGCAGCUCUGAGCCAAUCACAGUCAAGUUCGCUGCCAACCCCAAUCAGGCCAGGAACUCCCAGAUGAUGUCACAGAUGUACCAUGGCCAAUCACGGCGCUUCGGAGGACCCGUCCAUCACCAGGCGCAGAGGUUCAGGUUUUCUCCAAUGAGCGUGGACCACAUGAGUGGAGGGGGUGGGGUCUCAGGGAACUCAUCCUCUGGUUGGUGCAUUUUCAUCUACAACUUGGGGCAAGACGCGGACGAGGCCAUCCUGUGGCAGAUGUUUGGGCCAUUCGGUGCCGUCGUCAACGUGAAAGUGAUCCGAGAUUUCAACACAAACAAGUGCAAAGGUUUUGGCUUCGUUACUAUGACGAACUACGAGGAAGCCGCCAUGGCAAUUCACAGCCUGAACGGGUACCGACUGGGAGACAAAGUCCUGCAGGUGUCCUUCAAGACCAGCAAGGGACAUAAGUAGAGGGUGGGGGUGGGGGUGGGGGGGUCUUGAUGUUCUCUGAAACGAACAAGUAAAUAGUUUUUUUUUUUUGUUUGUUUGUUUGUUUUUUUUCUCUCUCUCUCUCUUCUGUCAGUUGAGCCGAAGAGUUUUCAGACUGUUUUGUUUUGGUCAAUGUGAGUUUUUUUCCCAGCAUGCCUGGUUUCUUUGACAUCACUUGUUGUAAAAUGUUGUUUCUCUAAAAACUGGUCCAGGACGGAGGACUGAGACAGGAUGGUGGUGGUUACAUGUGUAACCUGAGUUCCGCAUGUUGAGAUGAUAUUAGUAGUUUGGAUCCAUGUUUGAAAACCAAAUUUAAGUGACAAGCUACAAACUGAAACCUGCCGAGACGUGGGGAAGAGGGUCAUUGCAGUUAAGGGCAGAACAUUUUAAUAUUAAAGUGGAUCAGCUGGUGGUUAUUAAAACGUAUCAUCUGACCUCAGUUUCUCCUGUUUUUGUUUGAAUUUUUCAAAGUAAAGCUGUUGCUGAUGUCAUCAGUGUUAGUGGAUUGACACCUGUGUGGGCCUAUAAGCAGGCAGAAGGCGGGGCCCGAGGUCAUGUACAAAGAUGCAGUUUAAUUCCAUGAAAAAACGAUUUUAUUUCAUAUUUUUUAAAAAUGGCUUCCAAGCAAAAACAAAGCGUUUAAUGUGUAGUGAUGCUUUUUUUUUUUCUUUUGAUUUGUAUUUUAUUUUUGUAUCGCAGCUUCUUGGUGAUGUUGGAUGUUCAUUCACUAAUAAAUCUGUUUUUGGAAAUCAUGA